CAAUGAAUCAAUCAAUCUGCAGUUGCUCUAGAGUACAUUAUAAAAUACACAGGUAAUAUAAAUUACUACAGUGCACACACACGGAGAGAGAGAGAGAGCAUCACAGGUGGAAUGAAUUCACAGUAUAUCAAGUCCGUGAGUGUCAAUUACAUUUUUGAUCUAUUUUUAGAUAAUUUCUGUUUUUAGCGAGGUAGCCAUUCAACGUCAUUUUACAUAAGCUUUCCGAUACGAAACACCUUUUUGGUAAAUUAGUCCCUAAAAGGAAAUACAGCGAUGGAGACUGUGCCCACGCACGAAGUUGCGCAGAGCCUCCGAUUGGAGGCAAUCAAGACCCGUUAGGUUUGCCAAGAGAGGGGCUUCGACUGUGCAGCGGCAACCAAGCGCAUUGCAAGUGGACGACACACGUAGAGAGGGCUAGAGAAACAAGCUGUCAAGCUAGCUCGCCAGCAACCCUGUCCUUUACUACAUAUCUACUCGCUAUCAACAGCAGAUAUCCGCUGCAAACCCAGGGAACGCCUGCAGAAACAUAUAAACCCUGUUACAGAGUGGAAGGCAACGUUUCGAACAGUCACAAGCCCUUCGAAAAGACGGAGACAUGGCAACCACAACUUGUACACGUUUUACGGACGAAUAUCAGCUAUAUGAAGAGCUUGGAAAGGGAGCAUUUUCAGUGGUGCGCCGUUGUGUGAAACUGUGCACCGGCCAAGAGUAUGCUGCUAAAAUAAUCAACACCAAAAAGCUCUCAGCCAGAGAUCAUCAGAAGUUGGAACGUGAAGCUCGUAUCUGUCGUUUGCUUAAGCACCCCAAUAUUGUUCGUCUCCAUGACAGUAUAUCAGAAGAGGGGUUUCACUACCUCCUCUUUGACUUGGUGACAGGAGGGGAGCUGUUUGAGGACAUUGUAGCCAGAGAGUAUUACAGUGAAGCCGAUGCCAGUCAUUGCAUCCAGCAGAUCCUGGAGGCGGUGCUUCACUGCCACCAAAUGGGUGUGGUUCACCGAGACCUGAAGCCAGAGAACCUGCUCCUGGCCAGUAAGUGUAAGAACGCCGCCGUCAAACUGGCUGACUUCGGGCUGGCCAUCGAGGUGCAGGGGGAUCAGCAGGCCUGGUUCGGUUUUGCUGGGACACCGGGGUACCUUUCCCCUGAGGUUCUGAGGAAGGAGGCCUAUGGCAAACCUGUGGAUAUCUGGGCCUGUGGUGUGAUCCUGUACAUUCUGCUGGUGGGUUACCCUCCUUUCUGGGAUGAAGACCAGCACAAACUGUACCAGCAGAUCAAAGCAGGAGCCUAUGAUUUCCCCUCGCCUGAGUGGGACACAGUCACCCCUGAAGCUAAGAACCUGAUCAAUCAGAUGCUGACCAUCAACCCAGCCAAGAGGAUCACCGCCCAGGAGGCUCUCAAACACCCAUGGGUCUGCCAACGCUCCACAGUGGCCUCCAUGAUGCACAGACAGGAAACGGUGGAAUGCCUGAAGAAAUUCAACGCCAGGAGGAAACUGAAGGGAGCCAUUCUCACCACCAUGCUGGUGUCACGAAAUUUCUCUGUGGGCCGGCAGACCACAGCUCCGUCCUCUGUUGCCGCGGCAGCUGCCGCUGCCGCCGCCGCCGGCACUACCGCAGGGCUGGUGGAACAAGCCAAGAGUAUGCUGAACAAGAAGGCAGAUGUCAAGCCACAGUCAAACAGCACGAAAAACAGCAUAGUCACCAGCCCCAAAGGAACCGUGCCUUCUUCUGCUCUGGAGCCUCAGACCACAGUUAUCCAUAAUCCAGUGGAUGGGACUAAGGAGUCGUCUGACAGCAGUAACACCACCAUCGAAGACGAGGAUGUAAAAGGGAAAAGCCUAGAAAGCAGCUCGGCUAGGGCUCAGCCCGAGGCCAACCAGCCGGCUGCAGGCCCCGCCCCUUCUGUCUUCUCCACCAAGCUGACAGACAUCCUAGGGUGUGUGCGGCGGGAUUCAGGGCCCAUUUCAGAUGGCGAGGGGGGGGGCAGCACCCCCCCGGCUACCCUCUCAGCCCCCUCCCCUCCCCAAACCCCUGUGCUUCCCAUGCACAUGGCCGGUCUGACAGACAUAGUGAGCAGCAUUCGCCGGGGGUCUGGCCCCCCCCAGCCUGAAUCUGAGCUGGCCCCUGCUCGGCCCGUGGCCCCCCUGCCCCAAUCCCCGCCCCCUCCAUCACUGCCCCCAUCUGGCCCCUCCCUGACCUCUCUUAACCAACAGGAGAUCAUCAAGAUCACCGAGCAGCUGAUCGAGGCCGUGAACAACGGAGACUUUGAGGCGUACGCGAAGAUCUGUGAUCCUGGCCUGACCUCUUUUGAACCCGAGGCUCUGGGGAACCUGGUGGAAGGAAUGGACUUCCACAGAUUCUACUUUGAGAACUUGCUGUCUAAGAACAAUAAGCCCAUCCACACCACCAUCCUAAACCCCCAUGUGCACCUGAUUGGGGAGGACGCCGCCUGCAUCGCCUAUAUCCGCCUCACACAGUUUGUGGACGGGCAGGGCCGGCCACGCAGCAGCCAAUCAGAAGAGACCCGCGUCUGGCACCGCCGUGACUCCAAGUGGCAGAACGUCCACUUCCACUGCUCUGGCGCCCCAGCUGCCCCCCUUCAGUGAAAGGAAAGACCGCUGCGGCCAUGGCUGUCAAGUGCCCAGGGGAAGAGAGGGAGAUAAGGAGGGAAGGAAGAAGCAAGGAAGGAGAACGAGUCCGGAGUUGGGAGAGCUUUGAUCAUGACCACGGAAGGCCCUCCCACUUCUGGAACCCGUCCUCAACCGCAUGCACAUGUCUUUACAACUACCGCCAUCUGCUGGGCUGUCCUAACUACUGCACCUGCCAACAAAACCCCCUCACCCCAAAAAAAAUCCCCACCCAACCGAUUGCCAACCUACCAAGUCACCAAUGACCCAAACCUCCCCUCACCUCCCACCCCCACCUCCCCCAACUAUCGCCCCAUGACCCCACGUGGCAAAAGUGUACAGCUGCAGCCACAACAGCCGCUAGCACCUCAAAGAGUGGAAAAAAGACUCAAGUUUUAUCAGCCCAGUAUUAGAACCCUUUCAGUGUGUUUUCUGUUGCCACACUGUUCAUGUCAUGCUCGUGUUGCGACUGUCUUUGAGUCACAGUGCACAGGCGCGCCAAAGUAUGUGUCCCUUAUGUAAAGUUUUAAACCGAAUUAUUAUUAUGAUUAUUCUUACUAUGAUGGUUAGUCUAACUAUGGCGAUUGUAUAUUUCAUUGGUUAAAAAAAAUAUUAUUGAUUCCAGUGGUUUUUAGUUUAAUUAAGAUUAUUCAUUUUAAAUAUAUCUUUUUAAGUAGGCAUGACUUUUUUGGUAUUUGCUUUGUUUUUUUAAAAUUGUGCUCGAGUAAAAGAUCUCUUAUGGCAGUUUUCCACAGUAUUUUGUCUGUUAAUGGUAGUGCUAAACAUCCUGGGAUUCGAACGAAAGAAGUGUCUUCUGAGACAGAAGGGUGUGUGCGCUGGGUUAGAGGCCGUCUGUGUGUGCGUGUGCGUGUGUGUGUGCGUGUGUGUGUGUGUGUGUGUGGGAGGGAGAGGAGGCCGAAGCCUGUUUCAGCAGUUGAAGAUGUCAUUGGCUGCUGGAGCUCAUCAGCUGUACCCUCUGAGGGAUGGACCUGCAGGGGGUGUGCCCGCGUACAGUCGCUGUUUUCUGUCCUUCCUUUCGCUUCCUUCAGCAUCAUGUCUCAGGGGGUGAAUCUAAAGUUUGCUGCGUCAGGUCUGUCCCUGCCUGAGUGCUCAGGAUUCCGGGAGGUUCCAUCAGUCGCUGCAGCGGCACAGUCAGCAGAGCUGGGCGUGGCUCACCUGCGCAGAAGAUCGCCUGUGUUUAAGCCUUCAACACUCUGUCGGCUUCCAUCAUCGUCGUCGCAUCGAUCACCUUCCGUUAACUGUUCACGGCCUCCAGCACUCAAAUGAGUCCCGCCCCCCGAGAGUCAGGGUGGGAGGCGCCCCCCUUCCUCUGCGCCUCAUUGGCUGUACCCGAUGCACAGCCCCAUUCAACAGCAAGUCAUUCUGUACCAGACGUGGUGCUCCACCACUGUGUGUGUUUGUGUGCGUUUGCCAUCGCUAAACAAAUUUUCUAACACGGAGCAGGCACCAGCCAAACCGAACAACAUUCUCCAUGUUGUAUAGCACUACACAUCCCAUAAGACUUUGGGAGGCAUGUGGUUGCCAGGCAAUGGGACACCUCUGUGCAUGAAUAGGGAAAACGGGGGCACUCGUCUCUGUAGAGGGGAGCAAUGGGGGAGAGGUGAACUCUUUGAUGGGGGAUUGCCGGAAGGAAGUUAGUUUGAUGCUUUCACAAAACUGCAAGUGAAGUAGACUUGGAAGUUCCUCUAUCACAUCUUCGGCAAGAGCUAGAUUCUAGCUGUGGGGAACGGACGAGUUUGCUGCUCGUGGACGUUUCUCGAAAGUGAACAGUGAAAAUGAAGAGCAGAGAUACCGUGAGGCAUCUUUGUAGGUCUUGCCACCCUGAAGGUUUUUUUUGGAGGAGCAACAGUCCAGCUAACAUAAAGCAUUCUCACAAUGUUGGUAAUAUGUUGUAAUAGCAUUGUUGCAAGGUUGCAAUAUUACAGCAAUGUUCUGAGAAUGUUUUUUGUUCUGGGUAUUCUCAGGUUGUAGGGGCUAUGGAGUAGCUCUGUGGCUUUGUGUUAGGUUGGACCCAGUGUUUUUUUCAGGAAGGCUUCAUCUGAAUGAAAUCCAGUCCUUGUACCUCUCGUCACAGUCUUUUGUCUUUUGUGUUUUGUUUAUAUUUUUAUUACUGUGGUUAUUGUUAUUUUUUCAUUAAUGCAUUACUCUGUAUAUGCAGUGCUUGCUAUUUUUUGUACAUAAUUUAUGGAGAAACUAUGACUUUUUUAGUUGCAUUUACAUCGUUUUUCCUCUUGCUUUUUCUGUUUUGUUUUUCAAAUGGAAUUUUUGGAACUUGUGGAAAAUUUGUGGACACGGGUUCGAAAUGUUGUGAUUGCUAUGACAACAACCGAUGGACCCUUCUGCCGGGUUUCUCAAGAGAGCAGGAUGUGUUGUUGGAGAGGGUAACGAAAAAGACUACCUCUCCGGCAUUGUGUUUCCUUGGGCUUUGCAAUUGGCAAGUGGGGACUGAAAUGUUGGAAGGGUGAAUGAAGGAAUCCAGGACACUGUGAAAGAAAAUUGAAAUGUGUAUGAGCCCAAAGGUGAAGCGUUUUCCCAGGGAGAAGUGGUCCGGCAGACCCGGUCCCAGUUGUCCUGCAGUGGAACAGUGCAGUGUGUUGGGCCAGUGCACCUUCCCCUGCGUUUCCUCUCACGCACAACAUAGGGCUCCAGUGCACUGAGCCAUCUGAAAGGGAAGAGACAGAUUAGCUGUUAAAAUGGACGCUGUUAAGUCAGUCCUCAGGUUUAUAUUUAUUUAUUUAUUUAUUUACAGCAUAUUGUUUGAUUUUUGCAUGUUCCUGAUGUGCUACUCAUAAUUACCAUGGUUCUGUGCAUUUAUUUGUUUUUGUGGUGUUACCCCUCCUUCAACCUUAACAUGAAAAGGAGAAUUUUGCUAAUCAGGCAAUGCAGGUCACAUGAAAGAUUCUCAAAUGGGGUGUGUCACUAUCACACCUCAUUUCCUGAAAAAUUAGGGUUGACCUAAAAAAAAAAGAACAAAGCUGUGACAUCAUAGACAGGUAUAAUUAUUAAUGCUAUAAUUUAAAACUCAUGUAAAGUAUUUUCCUGUGUUCUGAUACACAUGAGAACCUGUGUGGACAUUUGUAAUUUAUGUUUGCUGUUGCCGUUGCUGUUUGAUUGGGGUUUUGGCCCUUAUUUUCUGUGAAAUGUGGGGUUGGUCAGACCCUGACAUUUUGUUUCAGAAAAAUAAGGUUGUGAAACAGCCUGUUGAUCAUGUGACUCCUCUUCCCCCUCCACAGGAAAUAUAGCAGCAUGUUGACAAAGUGUUGUUCAUAUGUUCUUCUUUGUGUGUUUAGCAUUGCAAAAUAAUAAUUAAAAUACAUAUAUAUCAGAUAAACUUUUAAAAAAAGAAAAUAUAUUGUAAAACUACAUUUACCUGGUUAUAUCAUAGAUGGCAUUUAUUUGCAUGAACAUUUUGACAGGAAGAUAAGUUUAGGUGUUCUUAUUUUCUUUUUUUUACUGAAUGCUGGUAAUAUAUGAACCUUUAUCUAUUUUCUGAGCUUUGUACGUGCAUAAAGUAUUUUUGUCUCAAGAUAAAACGACAAUGUGAUGUUGAUGAUGAGGACAUCAUCAAUUAUGAUUGUAAGGCAUGUUUUUAUACAGGACUCCUUGUUGUUAAGGCAGAGGAUAGUCACUCAAGAUGAGAGUGUGUGUGUCUGUAAGUGAGGGUAUCACGGAUAAAAAAGUGGAAACACAGGUGUAAUCGAGGUGCCUGACUUCCAAUAUUUUCAAUACUUCCGAACAGUAAAAACAGUUUUCAACUACAAAUGGUUUUAAUUCACUUUUCACAAAGGCUACUUGGAUCACUUUGGGCACUAACUAACCAGCAAUCUUUACAUUAGGAAUAGCAGGUUGAUGUGUCCCUUCAUAUCAUUUUAAUAAGCCUUUGCUCACGAAAACUCUACCACCACCUCUAAUUGGAAGAUGCUGGAAAUGGCAGGAUUGGUGUAUGCAGACUCUACACGUCUCUACACAAGAUUAUGGGCACUAGUGCAGAGUAGGAAACCCGAUUUGUGUGGGUGUGUGCAUGUGUGAGUCUUUGUUCUUCAUAAAAACUGAAGUCUCCACACUCCUGACUCUCCGCUGCCCUGACAACUCUGAGCGAAGAACUCCGUAGUGUUUCUUCAAUCAUUUUACUAAUCCCCUUUACAUUUUUUUUCUGUUGAAAACUCAUCAUAUAAAUAUAUAUAGUUUCUCUGAAGAUGAGCCUCAGUGUUUGUUCUUUUGUUUUUCUAUAUAUGAGGUUAUAUAUAUAUAUAUAUAUAUAUAUAUAUAUAUAUAUAUAUAUAUGAUUAUUAUGUGAAUCAUAUUUCUCUGAUUAUUACUGGUCUGUUCUCAGAUGUGCUAUCUGUGUUCUUUAACUUUAAGGAAAUGUGUUAAGAUGUUAUCAAUAAAAUGGCAUCUUCAAUACAAAGACGACCACUCCUCAUGGUAUAUUUUAACAAUAAAAGUUUACCCUUUUAGUGAUCUA